GGUUUAUAAAAUUAUAUAUUAAUGGAAGGUAUUUUUAAUGGAUCCCCAUCAUCGCCUACUUCCUCGGAUUUUUUUCCAUUAAAGAAAAAGAAAAAAACAAAAAUAUGUUCCGCUGCCAUAUCUGAUAUCUCCCUCAAAUUCAAAUCCCCAUCAAUCCCAGAAGACCAAGCUUUGACAAAAGCCUUUGCAGUUAUAAGUCUAGGGUUUUCCUGUUUUCUUUUAUUCUUUUUUUCUUUUUUAAAUGGCCUUUUCUCUCUCGUUCAGACCCAACAUGCCCCUCGUUCUAUCUCCUUUCCUUGACCGAACCGGACCCCCCAAUCCUCUUUUAAAUCGACCUCAAUUUCCUGGUUUUUCUGCUCGCGGGCAGUUCCUUCGUGGUUCCCUAUCCGUGGCCAAGUUUGGGUUCAAACCCGGACUCUUGCCCGACCCGGAGGCUUCCGAAGGUGUUCUCAGAGAGCUGUUCACUAGAACUGAAAGCCUUCUUUAUACGAUUGCUGAUGCUUCUGUUUCGUCUUCCGACACCAUUGCUACAACCACUAGUGCUACUAGUAAACAAAAUAAUGAUUGGCUUUCUGGAAUUGCCAAUUCCAUGGAAACUGUUUUGAAGGUCUUGAAAGAUGGGUUAUCGGCUUUGCAUGUUCCUUACGCUUAUGGUUUUGCAAUUAUACUUCUGACUGUGCUUGUUAAGGCUGCUACUUUUCCUUUGACUAGGAAGCAGGUAGAGUCUGCAAUGGCCAUGCGAUCAUUACAGCCUCAAAUAAAGGCUAUUCAGCAGCGGUAUGCCGGAGAUCAGGAGAGAAUUCAGCUUGAAACUGCUCGACUAUAUAAACUGGCAGGGAUAAACCCAUUAGCAGGUUGCCUUCCCACACUUGCGACAAUUCCGGUUUGGAUUGGGCUUUAUAGAGCCCUGUCAAAUGUGGCGGAUGAGGGUCUCCUCACAGAAGGCUUCUUUUGGAUACCCUCCUUGGCCGGUCCAACCACAAUUGCUGCUCGACAGAAUGGCAGUGGCAUCUCUUGGCUUUUCCCUUUUGUAGAUGGACACCCACCUCUUGGAUGGUCAGAUACAUUUGCAUAUCUUGUGUUGCCCGUUUUGCUGGUUAUCUCACAGUACGUUUCUGUCCAAAUCAUGCAAUCUGCACAGAGCAAUGAUCCAAACAUGAAGAACUCUCAAGCGCUGACAAAGUUCCUACCUUUAAUGAUUGGUUAUUUUGCUCUUUCAGUUCCUUCUGGUCUAAGUUUAUAUUGGUUCACAAAUAACAUAUUAAGCACAGCACAACAAGUGUGGCUUCAAAAGUUAGGGGGAGUAAAGAAUCCGGCAAAGCAACUUAAUGAUGAUAUCAUCAAUGAAGAGCAAGCUCGCCUUCAGAAGUCUCUCUCUGAAUUGAAUGCUACCAGAAAAGAGGCCAAACUAGAAGAAAAGUUGACACCCGAGGGGCUGCGCCCUGGAGAACGAUUUAAGCAGCUAAAGGAGCAAGAGGCGAGAAGAAAACAGCAACAAGAAGAAGAAAGGAGGAAAGCUCAAGAGGCAGCAGCUAAAGCUGAUCAAUUAACCAAUGAGAGAAAUGAGACAGUCUUUGAUAAGGAAAAUGGUUCUGGAACUGGCUUAAGCACUAAAAAGAAUGAGAAACAUCAAUCUGUGAUAGGCCAGCGUUCCUCCAAUGUAGGAGGUGUGAAUGGGGACCUCACGAGUCCAGAGUUGAAGGAAAAUCAAAAGGUUUCUUCAUUUAGCAAUAACAAUGAAUACUCGGAACAUGCAGAGAAGGAAGCAGUUGAAGUAUACACAAGUGCAGCCACUUCAAACAACAAAUCUUCUGAAGAAGACAUGCAGGAAAACACAAGGGAGUGACCCAAAAAGCAGAGAAAAAUGGUAACUAUAAACUCAUCAACCAUGGCUACUACAUUAGAAAUCAAGUAUCUCUGGGCUUUAAUGGCGGUUCUUUAGAUGGAAGGUAUGUUGCCUUUUGCUGAUAUGAUAUCUGGUUCAUUUCACACACAACGCAUUUGCAGAAACAACUAAACAAGCAAAGAUACAAGAAAAUGUAAGAUUUUGAUGUUUGACAUGAUAUAAUACUUGUUAUAAGUUGUAACUUGGAAGAGCUCAAACGUUACAUUACUGGUUCGAUAAAAUGAUUAUUAUCGUACAAGUUCAAAAUUA